CGUCAAAAACAUCGCUCGUUAUUUAAUAACAUAACAUAACAUAACAUAACCUCGCGUCGCGCCGCGUCGCGGCGGGCCGCUGCAUGGUUGUUCGAUGUCCCGCCGCAAUUCGAAAUGCCCGCACGCGCGAGUGACGAUCCGGUUCGCACGAUCCACCAAGCAGCGAACAAAGAACCUGCCCGAUCGCGCCUAGCAGCCGCCCUCUCCGUCUCCGUCUCCGCCACCACUGCAGAACCGCACACCGCGUGUCCGUUCCGCACUAUAUACAAGGCAGACAGCCCGCCAGCUCCUCUACGAACGCGUACAUGCCCCAGUCCCACGACCGGCCACUGCUCAGUGGUGCUCGGCUGCCACCGCCCACCACACCAUGCUCGCCCGAGCUAUCGUAGUAUCGACGACCGGACGACGACAGACCUGCGAACGCCGGCGGCCGACCCUCGGCAAUGCACCGCGAUCCGCUUCUGUGCGCGCAUGUGCACCCAUGUGCGUUGCAUAUGCAAGCAAGUGGCCCCCAGCACAGUACCAGCAUCGGAUGAGCGCGAGGAUAGGCUUCAUCCUAGCCAGAUAGUACCUACCUACCUACAUACCUACACAGCACCAGCAGCGCACCGAACACCAGAGCCCACGAGAGCCCGCCGUCGGCCCGCCACGGCCCGCCACAGACACACGCCGACCGACGCCGACCGGCACCACACCGGCCCGCCCGAUCGUGAUCGCCCGCACCCAGCUGUCCCUAGCCGCCCGCAUACCGCAUACCGCACAUUACAUAUAGGCCUAUAUAGACGCCCACCACACAUAGCCACCCACCACACAUAGCCACCCACCGCCGCCGCACACC